GCUUGCUCGUGCUGAGAUAGACACUUUGAGCCAUGACUGCUUUUAUCCAGUAAGGUUUUCUUCUGUGACUCUCUGAACACUUGCUUUUAUUAAAUCGCAUUAAAUUUGAAAUUUAUGUGGUAAUUUAAAAAAUCUUACCCCGCUGAAUUAGUGCACCUGUAUUUCGGAUUAUUUUGGAUAUUUGUUGGCAUGGAGAAAAGAGGAGAUAGAAAGAAUGUGCAAUUCAAUGGAUUGAAUCAUGAAGCUUGCACAAUUGAGAAAUUACCAGACAAAGUACUCCUCCUGAUAUUCACAUACCUCCCUCACAAAGAAGUUGGUCGCCUGGCAAGAGUGUGUAAAAAAUGGAGAAUGAUAUCCAGUGAUUCCCGGUUGUGGACGCAAGUUUCUCUUAGGCCUGAUGUCUCUGGUCUACAUGUCACCAACAUAGAAACACUGCUAGCGCUCAUAGCAGUUCGAUUUGGUCCAUCUCUCCGUUAUAUUGAAUUACCGAUUGAGUUAAUCACACAUACUGUCCUUCAAGAAUUGGCAUACAAAUGUACUUCCCUAACACAUAUGCUCCUGGACUUUUCAACAGCUAUGCAACUGCACGACUUCAGCGACUUACAGACUUUUCCAAGCAGGUUGAGGACUAUGUGCAUCUGUCUGUCUGAAGUCAUCUUCAUGGAAGGGUUUAUGAGGAAGAUUUAUAAUUUCAUCAAUGGACUUGAAGUUUUGCAUCUCAUAGGUACAUACGAAAAAGUAACUGAGGAGGAAGAAGAAAUUUAUGAAGUCAUCAACAUUCACAAACUCAAAAGUGCUGUUCCCAAUCUCCGAGUUGUCAACCUGUAUGGCAUCAUCUUCGUCGAUGACAGUCACGUGGAAGCUCUGAGCAGCAACUGCAUUCAACUAGAAUGUUUAGCAAUAAACUUUUGCAACAAAUUCACUGGAAGCACCUUAAAGCUGCUACUACAAAGAUGCAAGAAACUUAAGUGCCUGCUUAUGCAGCAGACAUCUCUGAAAAGUGAACACGUUAUGGCAGCUGAAUGGGAUAAAACCGUUCUUCAAGAAUUGGAUAUCACCGCUACAGAACUUUCAACAGAAUGUUUAAUCGAUUUAUUAACAAGAGUUCCAGCACUUCGUUACCUUUGUGCGGGACAACAAGAUGGAUUUACUGACCAGGUGAUGAAAGAAUGGAUUGAGAAAGGCAAUGUAAAGAAUUUGGUUGCACUCGAUUUGGACAGAAAUGAAAAUAUAUCAGAAGAAGCACUAAGCAUUCUCAUCAAAAUGCAAGGUCCAACGCUUCGCGGUUUGGGACUGUCCAACAUACCACACAUAACGGAACACUUUUGGAAUGCCAUGCUACCAACUCUUAAGAAUUCCAAAAUCCUUAUCAUGGGAAUGCCUGAAGAUUGUUGCCCCAAAAUUAGCCAGAAGAUACACGUUGAUUCAUUAAUGGAAUCCAUUGCUAAUAACUGCCCUGGACUCGAACGCUUGGAAAUCCGUUGGGAUGCUGAUACUCUUCGAUUCAGUGACCGUUCUAGUAAAGCUAUUGAUUUAGUUCGAGUAAAAUGUCUCAGAUUGCGCUGUAUGACCCUAGCUGAUGGAAAAUACUUCGAGUUGGUUAAAUCUAAUUUCACCAGAGCAGACAGAGGAACUGUAGUUAGGACUACGACCAACUGUAGAGUCACUCUUUGUUAUUUACUCUUAUACUACAAAGAUCUUUUGUUUAAUUGAAGGUAUAUCGGAAUAUUGGAUACCAAUGUGAUUCAUCAUUAAUUUUUUACUUACCCAAAAGUCAUCUGGCGUCAUUAACACUUUCCGGUUUGCUAUCAGUUUCUGUGAGCAAUCUUUUUAAGUUCAGGCCUCUCCGAUGGAUGUUUUAUGAACUUUAUUUAUUAGAUUUAUUAUUACUAUCAUCAUUAAAUAAAAAAACCCACAGCUUAAAGCUGCUUAAGCUACGAAUUUAUUGUCCUUCCUUUGAAUAAAAGCUUUGAUAAAACUAAAAAAUAAUAUACUAUAUUGGAAAAUGUUUCGAAUAACAUUUAACUUCCUUUAUAUUCAUAGUACACCGGUAAGUAUGACUUACAGGUAAUGCAGACUUGUAAACCGACAAAUUGCAGAUUAGAGAAAAGUAGGACUUUCGUAGAAUUAUAGGUAAACCAAGCAAAUUUCUGAGUAGUAAUCUGAUUGGGAAUAUGCUGGAGACACCAAUAAAUCUUGUUGUGCCCUGAGCAUUUGGUCUCUUUCAUAGGUAACCAUAAUGUGGCGAAAAAUGAAACUUUAGUUUUGAUUAACAACACGGCAGCUAGUUUUGUUCUUCCAUACAAGAUGUUGUCGAAAAAGCAGGUAUAAGCUAUGAGGUAAGAGUUCUAAAACCUAUUGCAUAUCCAUUCAGUAUUAGCAAGGAAUAAUGAUUAUACUCAGUAGAUACGGUAUACAGAGCUCUUUAAUUGUCUUUUCAUUUGCGAAAACAAUAUUUUACAAGAAGUAAAAUUCAUCCUUUCGUUCUUAAAUCGACUGUUUGUAUUUGUUGAUUUGUUUCAACUUGGGUAUAAAAAAUUUUAAAUUCUAUUACACAUCGAUAAGCUUUGAAAACGAACCAAGUACAUUUUAUUUAAAAGUAAUGUACCGUGUACUUCCCGAGUUUUCUAUUUAAAAAUGUGUGAAAUGUAUCUUGUAAACUGGUCACUCAAUCGCUGGUGUAAGAAAAAAGAACACGUGUACGCUGAAUCUAUUUGCUGGGAUGUGAUAGUUUUACGCAUAUAUGUGCGCUUUAUUCCCAGAAUUUUAAACUUUGGCUUUUAACUUGUAUACUUGAGAAAAAGGACCAUUAUGCAGCAUAAUAUGCAGUAUCAACUUUCUAAAAAAUUGUCUUAGUUAAAAAAAUAAUUUGUACGUGUUGAGGGCGUGAUCAGUAUUUUUCAAGUACACUUUUUUUUUCUUUUUUUUUUUUUUUGAAAGUUGAUACUUCUUACUAUAGUGCAUAACAGUUCCUAAUUUUCGAAUACAUAAUAGAAAUAAAAAGUCAAAGUUUAAAUUCUGUUUAAAAAGUGCAAUAUAAUGCGUAAAAAUAUCUUUAUUUGUUUUAAUGGAUUGAUCAUGUAACCAAGUAAUCUUAUGGUGCAAGACCUAAGUAUUUGGACCUAAGAUACAUCAAAUUGCAAACAAGUACAUAAAAAAUGAGGUAAACUUCAGCAAAGCAGCAUCAGUUGAUGUAGAAUACAAUAAAGCAAUCGAUAAAUUUUAGCAUUAACCGGAAAGUGUUGAAUAAAUGAAUUGCCCUUAUGAAUAAUGGUUGCAACCUCUCGACUAUUCUACCUUGUGAUAAAACAAUGCUAUUUGAUAUGCAGCUGAUAAAACUGCAUAAUGCAAAGCAAAAUGAGUUAUAAUACGUAAGUACUAAAAUAAUUUUCGAAAUUUUUACAUCUUUAGUUACGUAAUGUUUCACUCUUUCAAAAGAAGUUUAUUAUAUGCUUCUGAAUGACUAGAAGCUUGUCGGGUAGUUUAGUAAUCAAGAUUAAGUUCCAUUGUUACAAGAUACUUUUAUAUGGGUACAUUUGUCAACUGAAAAAAAAAUAAUAUCUUUGUUUUUCAGAAACAGGCAUCAUUAAAAAUAAGUUAAAUGUUUUCACUUAUUUUGAACGCAUUUAUUUAUAUAAUCUGUCACAUACUUUAAUUUAAAGACGACAGACUACUGUGACACUUAAUAUACGUAAAAUUUGUGAGAGUGCAAGUCAAACUUUAUUCAUGAUUCUAUCGUUUGAUACUCCAAAAUUAAAAAAUAACUUUAGUUAUUCUUGCUUUCAGUUGAAUUAUUUUACCAUGGUUACAUGACAUUGCGUUUCUGUCAAUUCUCACUCCGAUUACGAAUGUAACGGAUGGAAGUUUUGAAACUGAUCCAAUCAUUGUAAAUUCCCUCUAAAAAUGUGCAUGCACGCUGAUGAAAUAUUCAAGGGAAUAAGUGUGAACAAGUUGAUUGAACAACAAGUAAUCAAAGCAAUUUGUAGCAAUGGAAAGAGAAUUAUCUGUGUUGUUAUUGAUUGCUUUUGAGGUAUUUUCCUUUCGUUGAGUUUUAUUUCCAAAAUAAUUUAUUUCGAUUAAUUUUACAAUGCAAUAAGUAACAAUGAAAAUUAAUGAAAUGCUUUUUAAAUCACUACAAGUCUUUCUGUGAGAUUUAAAUGUGCAAUGUUAAAAGUAGUCUUGCUCGUCGGUGACAAUAGUGGCAUUUCUCCCCCCCCCCCCCCAAAAAAAAAGCAUGCUGGAGAAAAUCAAGGUUUAAUUUUAUUCUACUUUUUUAUGAUUUAUUCUCAAACAAACAGUAUGAUGAAGAAAAUCAAGGUUUAAUUUAAUAUUACUUUUUCCUGAUUUAUUCUCAAACACUACAAAAGCAAAGGAUUUAUGCUGUUAUGUUCACUAACUGAUUUUUGUAGUCUAAAUGUACAGUUAAAGUUUGAAAAUUUUUCUUCCCUAUUGUGAAAUUUUAAUGAAGUACCACUAUUGAUCACAUCUUUUAUACACCAACAUGGCACCAGUAAUAUAAACCAGCUUUCUUGCGGUGUUAUAGCAAGAAAGAACACUUAAACUCAGAUUUUAAAUCAAUAAUUCUUUUCAAAUGUUUGAGAUGUGUCACUAUUGUCGCAGGUGUAAUUUAUGUAACGUUAAAUACAUUUCUUUUUUUGCUGACAGUGUUAUAAUAUGUGCGUAUGUAAUGUCUGAAAUGAGUCAUGAUUAACUAUAAAUGACAAUAAUCAAACAUUCAAAUAAAGUUUCUUUAUAGUUAAAAUCUGUUAUGAUAUUAUGAAGAAAAACAUCAUGAAGAUCUGACAGCUUGAUAAUAAAUUGUUUCGUUUUUUCGGCAGUUCAGUACUUAUACAAAUUGAAGCAUGAAAUAAAUAAUAUGGGAGAGUAGAAUAAUAAGGGAAAAUAAGUGUUUUUAACAAUAAAGCUGCUUUGACCUUGAUACCGAUAGAGAUAACGCUGUCCUAACGUCCUGCUUUGUCACUAGUUAAUUUUCAGAUCGUCAAAAUUGAAUAAACCUUUCAAACCUUAAUCUGAAAAUUAUAAAUAAAACCACCAUUGCAAUCUUCCUCCUCUCCAUGUAUGAGAAUUUCAAAAAUCUUGGUAGCUGAUUAAAAUGCUCUUCAGUCAUAUUUAUUUGCA